AUGUCGAAUAGCUUUACCGAAGACUCACCGUCUAUCAGCAUGGAGACAUAUUUCGGAUACAUUAAAUGUACGCAAGACGCUUUGGUAUUAUUCAAAGCUUGUCAGCUUGGCAUUUUGCCCAGAAUAAGGAGGAGAUUGUCCGACCGCGAAAGAUCUAACAUACGCUCAGGUUCCGUAUUCGUAUGGUAUGAAAGAGAAGCUGGUAUGCGACGUUGGACAGAUGGAAGAAGCUGGUCUCCAUCAAGAGUAGCAGGAAGUUUUUUGACAUACAAAGAAUUGAGCUGCAAGCAAAAGAAGCGAUUUCUCCAACCACCUCAUGUCUCAUUCAAAGAGAAAGGAUUAAUCAAACAAAGCUUUAGCAUUACGACACAACCUUCCGAAAAGAUACAUAUGAUUUCAUAUUAUUCAGAGAUGGACUUGGGCGACCAGAAAUUGCCCUGCCCCACCGAAGACCCUAGAUUGUUACAAGCUGUCAAAUCUGCUAGCUAUGGCCAAUAUCAAAACGAAUCUCAUAAGAAUCAGCAUAGUCAUCCCGGACUGCCAGCUCCACUUCGGACUCCUCAACAAUGGCAGUCACCCGUACCUACUAAAAUCUUGUCAUAUAGCGACGAAGACGAUAAUUUCAGCUGCAAUACGAGUAUACUGACUUCACCUUCAUUAACACAUAGUCCUGAUUGCAACUCAGUAUCAACAACUUCAAUAGAAGAGCCUCACGACUUGCCAGUAAUACUUGCGAGUUGUCAAACUAUCAAAUCGGGAUUAAAGAGCGAUUCCGAGGACGUUACUUCUGACUACAAAAUCCAGCUCCCACCGAUUAUCCAGUUAACUGACAGAUAUUCAAGGAAAGGCACCUCUCUUCUUUCUGCAAAUAUGCCUUGGAAAUCGUCUGAAGAUGAUCGACAGCUGAAAGCUCUUCACCGACGGCUACUGUUCUAA